AUGUCUCAGCCAGUAUUCAACGCGCUAAUUCGCACACAUCACAUCACAUCGCGCAAAAAGGUGGGCAAGCUGAGAGACGCAGCUUCAAAUUGCAACAUCUACGCGCUUCUACGCAGUUCAGGCUGUCCUGGCAUCAUGUAUUGCCAAGGUACUGAAUCCGGUGUAAGAGAAUGGGUGUCUGUUGUGCAAAGACUACGAUACAAGGACUUCCAACUGGUGAAAAAGCCUGCUGAAAAAGUGUGUGAGCAUGGGGCAGAGAGAGAAGCCAUUGUUACAAACGGAAAGCUAGAAGAGGUGGAGAGCGUCAAGGAGUACGGCGCAAGAAUGGAGGCAUUGAGAGUUUUGGGGUUGUGGAGGAGAGGCAUGGGAUACAUAAUCGAUGAAGAGAGGAUCUGA